AGUGUCACCAGGCAGUGUACAGAUAGACCCGGUUUGUUGUGAGGUGAACCGCACAGUGCUGCCUGCCUAAUCCAGUUUGUUUGAUUUAUUGACUGAGAAACUGUGACGCUCAUGCAGAGGGUAGCAAGGUUAAGAGCAAAGAAAUAUGUGCUAAACUUUGGAAAAUGGAUAAAACAGGUGAUGUUCAUGUAAAAGGUAACCAAUGGCAGAGACUCCUCAGGUGGCAUCGGGGACAGAAACCUAAUGAGGAAGGAGAAGAUGGGGCCAAGGAUGAAGGCAGGCGUAAUAUCAUUCUGGAUCUGAAGAAAAUCAAUUGGAAAGACUGGGUGGUUGAUCCCGCAGAACAAUUUUAUUAUGUGUGGCUACAGGUCAUGAUCCUCCCGAUUGUCUACAACUGGGUGAUUAUCAUUUUGAGGACAUGUUUCACUACUAUUGCACUGAGCUACCUGCCUGUGUGGCUUACACUGGACUAUCUGUCAGACCUCAUGUAUUUGCUUGACAUGAUCAUCACUGUUCACACAGGUUACUUGGAACAGGGCAUCCUGAUUAAAGAUCUAACUCAACUGAAGAAGCACUACCUGCACUCUAAACAUUUCUUAAGAGACCUAGUUUCCCUGCUUCCAACUGACUUCUUCUACUUUGUCUUUGGCAUCCAAACUCCAUUGGUGAGGAUCAAUCGCCUUCUGCGUUUGCCACGGCUUAGUGAGGCCUUGGACCGAAUGGAAACAAGAACCUCAUACCCCAACACUUUUCGCAUCACCAAGCUUAUGAUCUACAUCUUUGUGUUGAUCCAUUGGAAUGCCUGUCUUUACUUUGCACUCUCCAACUACAUCGGCUUUGGAAGUGAUCGUUGGGUCUAUCCAAACAUCACCAACCCAGAGUUUGCCUCCAUGCGCCGUCAGUACUUUUACUGCUUCUGGUUUUCUGCCCAGAUUUUCACCACCGUAGGGGACACCCCCCUACCAAAAAGGGCAGAGGAGCAGUUGUUUAUGAUUGCAGACUUGCUCAUUGCUGUGCUAGUAUUUGCAUCCAUUGUUGGGAAUGUAGGGAAUGUCAUCUCAAGCUUAAGAGACCGUGACAAUGUCUUUUUUCCAAACCAUGAGCUGGUGAAGGCAUACUUACGUAGCCAUCACAUUAGCAAGGAGCUUCGGCAGCGAAUUGACGACUGGUACCAGCACCUUCACAUCAACAAGAAGAUCAUGCGAGAGAAUGAAAUCCUGCAACAGCUGCCCUUACACCUGAGGACAGAGAUCGCUGUCAGUGUCCACCUCCCCAUACUCUCCAAAGUCACCAUCUUCCAGAACUGUGAGAAAAGUUUGCUGGAGGAGCUGGUGCUUAAGCUAACACCUCAGGUAUUUAGUCCUGGGGAGUAUGUCUGCAGGAAAGGAGAUGUGGGCCAUGAAAUGUAUAUCAUCAAAGAGGGAAAACUAGCUGUUGUGGCAGAUGAUGGGGUCACAGAGUUUGCUGUGCUGAGUGAUGGGAAUUUCUUUGGGGAAAUUAGUAUCCUCAACAUCAAAGGUAACAGGUCUGGCAAUCGUCGCACUGCUAAUAUUCGAAGCAUUGGCCACUCUGACCUGUUUAGCUUGUCUAAAGAAGAUCUCACAGAUGUAUUAUCAGAGUUCCCUGCCGCCAAACAUCACCUGGAGGAGAAAGGCAGGCAGAUCCUCAUCAAGAUGGGAAUGUUAGAGGAGAGUGGGGAGGGAGAGCCAAAGGAGGAAGAGAAAGUCGAAACCAAGAUAAAAAGGCUUGAGACCAACCUGGAGGUCUUGCAAACAAAACUAGCUCGACUUAUGAUGGAACUAGAGUCGAGCAAUCGCAAGAUGCAGACCAGGGUAGAGCAGCUGGAGUGGGAGGCUGCAACCCUGAAAACUCAGCUACCAAAAGAUGGGGAAGAAGGAGAGACUGCAGAUGGAAGAGGUGAGGGAGUUGGAGGAGAGGUUCAAUGGGAGAGAGAAGAGGCAGAGGGUGAGGAAGAGGAGGGUUCGGAUGCAAAGGUGAACAAAGUAGGACAGGGAGAAGAUAGUAAUGAUAUUACCAAGGAGGGAGAUGGAGAGAGCACUAAAAGCACGAAAGAAGAUGUUGAGAGGACGAUAGAGGGAGAUAAAUCUGCCCUGAAGGACCAGCAUGACCAGGAAAAUGAAAAAGGGAUGGAUGGAGACAAAAGCCAAGAAAAAGACGAAAGGCCUGGGAAAGGAGAUGGAGCUGAGAUUGAAUCUGAAGACAAGACAGAUGAAAAAUCUAGAGAAAGAAAAUCUGAAGAGGGGAGUGAAAGGGGUGAAGAAGAAAAAAAGGGGAAUGGAGCUGAACAAUGAAGAGCAGAAAAACAUGAAUUAUUAUUAACAUGAUGAAAAAACGGUUUUCUCUGUGUUCUCCAGUUCCUCCCCACAAUCACAAAACAUGCUGAUUUUGGUAUUGGGCAAAUUGGACACUCUGAAUUGACUGUAAGUGUGAGAGUGGAUGGUUGUU